AUGACUAUGGAACCCGAGGACAAGGAGCAUAGUCUGGUGGAGAUUCCUAGACCACGGAUUCGACAGUUGGAACAAUCAGUGGUUAAUAGAAUCGCCGCUGGAGAAAUCAUUAUCCAGCCUGCGAACGCGUUAAAGGAACUAUUAGAGAAUUCUAUAGAUGCAAAAUCCACCAUGAUUGACGUUCUUGUAAAAGAUGGAGGACUCAAACUACUUCAGAUUACUGACAAUGGGUCUGGGAUUGCAAAGGAUGAUUUAGGAUUACUUUGUGAGAGGUUUGCCACUUCCAAACUUUCCACGUUCGAUGAUCUCAAAAGUAUUGCCACCUAUGGAUUUAGAGGUGAAGCAUUGGCAAGUAUAUCGCAUAUUGCAAGACUAUCAGUUGUGACAAAGACUAGCGAGUCCCCCUUGGCUUAUAAGUCCUUUUAUUCCAAUGGAAAACUUGCAGAUCAAACGUUUAAAGUUUCUGACAAGGCAGCUCCAAAGCCUGUAGCUGGUAAAAAUGGUACACAAAUCACAGUGGAGGAUAUUUUCUACAAUGCACCAGCUCGACUAAGAGCAAUGAAAUCCAAAAAUGAUGAAUAUAUUAAGAUUUUGGAUGUGGUGGGGAGAUAUGCCAUUCAUACUGAUGUGGGGUUAAGCUGUAAAAAGUUUGGUGAAUCUUACCAAACACUUAGCACGCGUCCAAACCUUCCCUUGAAAGAACGUAUACGAACAGUUUUUGGAAGCUCGGUAGCCAAUGAAAUUAUCCCAUUCACUAUGGAAGAGUCUGAAAAUGACAAAGAGUAUGGACUUUUAAGUUGUUCUGGUGCGAUUACAGGAUCUAAUUAUGUCAAUAAAAAGAAAAUCCAACCAGUCUUCUUUAUUAAUAAUCGACUUAUCCAAUGUGAUCCCCUUAAGAGGGCGAUAGCAUCUGUUUACAACUACUUCCUCCCCAAGGGUAACCAACCAUUUAUGUAUAUUAGUUUAAAUCUUGAACCUUCAAAUGUUGAUGUAAAUAUUCAUCCAACCAAGAAGGAGGUUAGGUUUUUAUAUGAAGAUGAAAUUAUUGGUUUAAUCAGUGCCAAGGUACAUUCAAUAUUAUCCAAUGUUGAUGCUUCAAGAACUUUCAAAACACAAAGUAUUCUUACAAGACAAGAAAAGAGAACUCGGGAAAAUGAGAAUGAUAAUGUUAGUUUAACGGUCGAUACUAAACUGACAGCUCCACCCGUUGCCAAAAAAUAUAGACAAGAAAAUAAGUUGGUUCGUACCGAUUCAAAACAGCCAAAAUUGUAUUCAUAUUUGACAUCAACUAAGGACGAUCUUCCAAUUACGUUAAGUCAGAGGACAGAAAAGGGAGAGCUAAUGAUACAAGAAGUGGAAGAUAAUGAAGCAGAAGAGAAAGAUGAAAUCACAAAUGAUCGAGAACGAAUAGAAGUUAAACUUACUAGUAUUUCACAAUUAAAAAAUCAAAUAGCAGAGACAGUCGAUAAAACAUUAACGGAAACAUUCAACGGGUGUACGUAUGUGGGAAUAAUUGAUGAACUGAGGAGACUUUGCAGCUUUCAGUACGAUGUGAAACUAUUUAUUUGUGAUUAUGCUGCAGUUCUCUAUGAAUUCUAUUUUCAAAUUGCAAUUUCUGAAUUUUGUAAUUAUGGAGAAUUAGUCUUACUGGAGCCAAUAUCUUUGGAAGAACUUCUUUCACCGCUAUAUGAACUUGGAUUUGAGGAUAAGGAGCUCAUUGCCAAGGAGCAAGUGAUACAACUGAUUAUAGAUAUGAAAGAUAUGUUAGAAGAAUAUUUCCAAAUUAAAAUCGACUCUGAUAAUCGAUUGACAACAUUACCAAUGAUUAUGGAGAACAUUUCCCCUCAAGUUUCGAAGCUUGCUCAUUUCGUGUAUCGAUUAGGAGCAAAUGUUGAUUAUGAAAACGAACAGGAGUGUUUAGAGGCAAUCUUGAGACAAAUAUCGUUACUAUACAUUCCUGAUGCUAUACCGAUCGAUGAGCACGACUUAGAAAAAAGAGAGCUUAAUAAUGCGAGAAGAGAAGACUUGGAUCGUCAACUUGAACAUGUUGUAUUCCCACUUAUACAACAGAAAUUCUUAGCUCCGAAGGAAUUGAUACCUGAUGUUAUUCAGGUUGCGGACUUACCUGGGUUAUAUAAAGUUUUUGAGAGAUGUUAA